AAAAUGAAUAAAAGCAGUGUCUCUCCAAAAGAAAAUGACACUUGUUGUUAAUCUUGCAGCACGAGUUAGUUCACUAUCUCUUCCUUUCCUCUUUCAAACCCUAACCAUUUCUCAAUUUUUUCAUCUCCCCCAACCAAAAUCAAACAAAAUUCUCCAAAAACAAAAUCCAAUAAUAACACAAUAAUCCAUUUUCUCACCAACACUUUCUCAGUGUAAUCUCAAAUGGGUGAACCAAACACGUCCCAAGGGAAUGGACACUGAACUUCUCUCACUUCUUCUUCUUCUUCUUCUUCUGCAUUGUACUUCCAAUGGGAAAAUCCGAAGAAGAACAACAUCUGCCACGUGGCGCUACCUCAUCGGAUCGACCGCAGAAUGCGGAAACAGAGUGUCGGCGCUGUUGUUGUUGUUCUCAGAUUCAGAAACUCGUUGGUUUCAGAUGCAUUCUCGUUUUUCUCUUCUCUCUUGCUUUGUUCCUCUCUGCUUUGUUCUGGUUGCCUCCGUUUCUUCACCUCGCAGAUCAGAAGAAUCUGCACGAUGAUUCCAAAUAUAAAGGUCAUGAUAUUGUUGCAAGCUUUAUUGUUCAUAAGCCGGUCACUGUGCUAGAAGAUUACAAAUUGCAGCUCGCACGGGAAAUUUUUGAUGAGAUAGAAGCUCCCUCUACUACAACAGUGAACAUCUUGUCUCUAGACCCGUUACCUCGGCCAAACAUGACAAAAGUGGUAUUUGCAGUCGAUCCUGAUGGUGGUGAAUACUCAGAAGCGUCUUCUCCCGCCAUAAGUUUGAUAAGAUCAUUAUUUACGUCCUUGGUGAUACACCAAUCAGUUCUCCAGCUCACUUCAUCCUUAUUUGGAGAUCCCGUCUUUUUUGAAGUGCUGAAAUUUAAAGGAGGAAUUACUAUAAUUCCACAACAGAAUGCAUUUCCUUUGCAGAAAGUGCAAACAAAAUUCAAUUUUUCUUUGAAUUUUCCCAUAUAUCAAAUACAAGUACAUUUCAAUGAGCUGACAAAUCAGCUAAAGUCUGGAUUACAUCUGACAUCCUAUGAGAACUUGCAAGUCGUCUUGUCAAAUUCUGAAGGUUCAACAGUAGAUGCUCCCACGAUUAUUCAAUCCUCGGUUCUACUUGCGGUUGGGAUUCCUCCAUCCAAAAAGAGGCUAAAGCAAUUGGCGCAAACCAUCAUGGGACCUCAUAAUCUUGGCUUGAAUAACACUGAGUUUGGUAGGGUUAAGCAAGUCAGACUUUCAACCAUCUUGCAGCACUCCCUUAACGGAAGUGAUACCGGCUCCGCGAGAUCACCUGCUCCUGCUCCAGUGCCUCAUUCCUCACACCAUCACCACCACCACCACCAUCAUCAUCAUCACCACCAUCAUGAUACCCAUCUAACUCCUGCAACUUCUCCUAUACCCGCACCUGCACCUACACCUAAUCCUUGGGAGGGUGUAACUACACCUGGAGUUGGUUCUCCCGCAUCUACAAAAAGUGCACCUACACCUCAGAAAAGUUCUCAAGCUCAUCCUCCUGAUUGCCCAUUUGAGCGUAGAAAAAGGUCUACGCGUAAUGCUAGGAGACAUACUUAUCUAACACCUUCCAUUGCCCCUAGCAUUGAACAUCAUCACCAUGUUCCUAUUUCAUCACCAAAACCACAGGUUGAACCUCCUACACAUGCCUCUCAUUCAGUACCUGCUUUAAGUCCUUUGCCAAAUGUAGCUUUUGCUCAUGCGGAGCCCCCACCUAAGAGCGGCCCUGCUGCAGAACAACCACCCACACAGUUUCAUGGGUUAUCAAUAUCACCAUCCUCUGCAGGUUGUCUUGGAGCUGUUAAAUGGACAUCUUUAAUAUUUGUUGUACUUAUGUUACAUGUGUGACAAAGUGCUAAACUUGUACCAUUUGGAAAAGAUAAAACUAGAUUACUAUGAAUGUGAGCUACGCAAAGUGUGAGCUACACAUGUAUGAGUGGAUGUAAGUUGUCAUCAUUGGUGUAAAUAGUUGAUUAAAAAUAUCCAGAUGGUGUAUGUACCCAUUUUCAGGUCAAAGUCCAUAAGUGGCAGGCCUUGAUUACAUGCAUUACCUUUGUUUUGUUAUGUAAGAUGAAAAAAAAAGAGAGAAGUAAAGAAACAAUUUUCUUUUA